AUGAGACAGGUGAAGAGUAAAAUUAAGAAGCUAAACUUUAGGAAAGCUAACUUCCAGCUCUUCAGUGAGUCGGUCCAGAAAUCAUCUUGGGAAACUGUCCAUAUGGACAAAAGUGUGGAGCAGAGUUGGCAGAUCUCUAAGGAAGCUUUCUUCAGGGUGCAAGAACUCUCUAUUCUCAGGAGUAGCAAGUCAGGAAAGAAAGGCAAGAGUUUGUGUUUUUUGUUUUUCCUUUCUUUCUUUUUUUCUUUCUCUCCCUCACCACCAGGUGGUAUUUUUGAGUGUGUGGAAUCUGGUCCAAUGGGAGCAGAAGAAUUAGCCUUCAGAUUUGCUGUGAACACAAUCAACAGAAACAGAACUCUUCUGCCAAACACUACAUUAACAUAUGACACCCAAAAGAUAAAUCUCUAUGACAGUUUUGAAGCAUCCAAAAAAGCCUGCGAUCAGCUAUCUCUUGGGGUAGCUGCCAUCUUUGGACCAUCCCAUAGCUCCUCAGCUAAUGCUGUACAAUCAAUCUGCAACGCUUUGGGUGUUCCACAUAUCCAGACCCGCUGGAAACAUCAGGUGUCAGACAACAAGGACUCCUUCUAUGUCAGCCUCUAUCCAGACUUCUCUUCACUCAGCCGUGCCAUCCUUGACCUUGUGCAGUUUUUCAAGUGGAAAACGGUUACUGUUGUUUAUGAUGACAGCACUGGCCUUAUUCGAUUACAAGAGCUCAUCAAGGCUCCAUCACGAUACAACCUGAGACUAAAAAUCCGUCAGUUACCAGCUGACACAAAAGAUGCAAAGCCAUUGUUAAAGGAGAUGAAAAGAGGAAAGGAAUUCCAUGUCAUCUUUGACUGCAGCCAUGAAAUGGCAGCGGGCAUCUUGAAACAGGAUUGGAGGGAAAAAAGGCUCUCGGACACCGGUAGGUCUCGCCGCGUAGGCGACGCGGAGGGGCGCGGGCCGGGAGCGCUCUCCGCGGUGCUGAAAGUCGACGAGCCGGCCGCGCCGGGCGCUGUCCGUGGUGCUGGGGCUGCUCCUGUCAGCGGAGGGAGGUCAGCAAGGAAACCCCCUCAGUCCCACGCGUGCGGCCGAGGGUGUGAUGAGGCUGCUGAGCAUUUAAUAACCAAAGCAAUGAAUCAUAAGGUGUUUUAUGAUUCUGGUUAUUCUAUAAACGCCUCGGUGAUUUAG